CACUAUAAAUACCCUGCAGCGCGUUUGACCCCAGUGACUGCUUGGAACAACAGAGACAACAACAAUGAUAGCUGUGCUGCUGCUGGCGCUGGUCCUUCAUUCCUCGGCUCUGCCUCUGACGCCGGCAAACGGAGACAAGCGCCUUUUAGCGGAGAGAUACCUCAAGCGCUUCUAUGGGCUCCCAGCGGGUCUUCAGGGCAGACAGCGCUCGGCGGACGCCUUUCAGACCCAGCUCAAGGAGAUGCAGAAAUUCUUCAAACUCAAGAUCACGGGGACCCUGGAUGACGACACUAUGCAGCUGAUGGAGCAGGCCAGAUGUGGCGUCCCAGAUGUUGGAGAGUACAACCACUUCCCUCGACAUCUCAAAUGGCAAAAAAACGAAAUCACAUUCAGGAUAAUUAACUACACGCCGGAUCUGAAGAAGGCCGACGUGGACAGGGCCAUCCGCACCGCGCUGAACGUCUGGGCUGAUGUGACGCCUCUGACUUUCAGGAAGCUGCACGAGGGCACUGCUGACAUCAUGAUCAGCUUCGGCUCAAGAGAGCACGGAGACUACAACCCUUUCGAUGGCCCCAAUGGGCUGCUGGCCCAUGCUUACCCCCCGGGCCCGGGCCUCGGUGGAGACACCCACUUUGAUGAGGACGAACGCUGGACCAAAGACUCGUCAGCUUACAACCUAUUUAUGGUGGCGGCGCAUGAGCUGGGCCACGCUCUCGGCAUGUCCCACUCCUCGGACCCGGGCGCCCUCAUGUACCCCAUCUACCAGUACAUUACGGGGUUCCCGCUGUCUGAGGACGACAUCGAAGGCAUUCAAGCCCUCUACGGGCCAAACCCAAACUCAAAGAAAGUGAAGCCCAGGCCGGUGGCGCCAACCAAGUGUGACCCCGACUUGAGUUUUGACGCUGUCACAGAGCUGAGAGGGGAAACCAUUGUCUUCAAAGACAGGUACUACUGGCGCCUGCAUCCCCAGAUGCCGGAGCCCGACCUGGUUGUGAUCAAGUCCACGUGGCCGUUCCUGCCCAACAAGGUGGACGCGGCGUACGAGAACCCGGAGAAGGACCAGGUCAUCAUGUUCAGCGGGGUAAAGAUGUGGGCUUUGAACGGAUACACCCUCGUGGACGGAUAUCCAAAGUACAUACACAAACUGGGACUUCCCAAGAGCAUCAGGAAAGUAGAUGCAGCUGUUCACAUCAAAGACACGGGCAAAACGCUGCUCUUUGCUGAUGAGCAGUACUGGAGCUACGAUGAAGCAACGGGCACCAUGGAUCGCAAAUACCCACGAUCCAUCGAGGACGACUUCCCGGGGAUGAACGACGAGUUUGAUGCUGUUGCUUAUCACUAUGGUCAGUUGUAUUUCUUCCAUGAAAAUUUGCAAUAUGAGUACAGUUACAACGCAAGGAAGGUCAUCCGCAUCCAGAGAUCUAACUCCAUCCUCAGCUGCUGACGAGGGACAGGCCUGAGACCGGCGGCCGGGGAGGCUCUGUUAACACUGCGCUCAACACGCCUUUUCAGAGUAAAAGCAUACGGAGCAAAAUGAGCCACAGUCCAGGAGGAUUAUUAGAUUAUUAAUAUUUAUUUUAAAUUAUCGACAGUGAGUUAAGUGUCUUGUCAUAACAUUUGACUUAUGAUUUCACACACUACUCUAACAAACAGUGACAUAUUUCUCUUCUACUCCCUUCAAGUGGAACUUAAAGCUGCACUAUGGAAGUCAGUGUUAAGGACGUUUUCAGUUAUGUUUUGAGGAACAGUAAUUUUCAGGAAGCCUUUAACUCAUCAAACUCAGAGCUAACGUUUGCAGUUUGUCUUGUGUUCAUGGCCUUAAACAUCCACCUCCUUUACUUUUACAAACAUGCUACCUUAUUCCCUGAUUUAUCAUUGACACAUUUGUGUGAAUUUUCUUGUAAUGUAAAUGUUAUCAAAAGAUUUGUUAAAUAAAAUAUGUAAAAUUAA